AUGGAGAAGGAGGCCACCACCAUGCUCCGGCGGCACCGGCCAGGCGCUGGGGCUCCUGCUCUGGGGGCGGCCGCUGGGCACCUCAAGGGAACCAGCGAGGGGGCUGAACUCCAGAGGAGCAGGAGCGUGGGCGGCUUACACCAGAAGGGGGACCCUCCGAGCUGCAUCCAGAAGCUGUGCAAGGAGCUAGAGUCUGAAGAUCAGGGAAAGGACCUGAAAAGCGAUGCCAAAGACAUCAUCUGUCAGGCAAACCCAGAGGAAGAGAAGCAGAAGAACCAGGACGCCCUUGGGAAGCUGGACCAGGAGAGUGGGAAGCUGGACCAGGAGAGUGGGAAGCUGGACCACGAGAGUGAGAAGAGCAACUCAGAGGCCAGUGACCAAGAGGAGCAUGAAGGAGAUGGGAGCACAGACCAAUGCAUCCAGGAGGCCAAGGAACAGGAGGUGGAGUCCACAAAGCUGGAAGACCUUCUGGAAAAAGAGAAACCAUCUAUGUUUGUGGAGAUUGACCUGGGAGACCAUGCUGAAGAGGUGGUCCCAUGUGCCAGGAGAGGAGAAAUGCAUUCCCAGAUGGACAUGGGGGAUUUGUCAGAAGACGAGGCCAGGACCAGCUGGUUGUGCUGCAUUCCGUACUCCACCAGAAAGAAGGUGAAGGAGAGCGCGUAGCAGGCCUGGGCAAGUGAGCGAGGGUCUCCACUCUGUCCCCCGGGGUCAGCCAGGAGAUGCAGAGGGAUGCGAACAAGCAGCCCUGAGAGACGCCACGCACGCCUGUUCCAUGGGCACCAGCGACCUGUGCAUGAAUCACUGACCCCUGGGUGAGCCAUGAUGCCAUCUUUUAAAAAGACACAAU